AUGCCGGAAAAGAACUCAAUCAAAUCUGGCUUUAAAGAAGUGAGCAUGAGGUUCAACUUCACUGACAGAGGACAGAAACACUAUGGAUUAACUGCUGGGCUACCAGUGCCAGUGAACUUCGAGAAAGGAAGGCUCAUUUUCAAGUUCGCUGUGGAAAGGAUCGACUCCCAGCUUGCCUUAAACAUUCAUCUCUUCACUCUACUUGCCGAAACCAACUACGAAAAAACAUAG